UGGUGUAUUCUAUAAUAUUGUCUGUGGAAUCCCGUAGCGUAGUGGUUAGAGCGCUCGCCUCGGAAGCGAAAGGACCCAGGUUCGAUUCACAGUUACCUGUUGUCACUGUCUCUCCGAGGAAAAUGCAUGUGGCAGUGAUCGGAGCGGGCGUGAUUGGCUUGUCCACGGCUCAAUGCAUCAUCAAUCGUUACCAGUCUGAAGUCAAACAUCUCCAUAUGGUGGUGUUUGCAGACAAGUUCACGCCACACACCACCAGCGAUGGGGCUGCUGGCUUCUGGCAACCUUAUACACUGGAUGCCAAUAAGCCAGAGGAAACCAAGUGGAACAAGGAAACAUUUGAUUAUCUCAAGACUUAUGUGAAUUCCCCGGACGCUGAUCAGAUGGGCGUGUUUUUACAGUCUGGAUACAACAUCUUCAAGGAACCAGUUCCCGAUCCGUCUUGGAGUGACGCGGUUUUGGGUUUCAGACACUUGACAGCGAAGGAACUUGAACUAUUUCCUGAAUUCAGUUAUGGUUGGUUUAACACCUCACUGAUGCUCGAGGGGAAAAGCUACUUACCAUGGCUGAUGGAAAGGUUAAAAGAACGUGGGGUGAAAUUUAUUCAAAAGAAAAUUACUUCCUUUCAAGAGUUAUCUCCAACCUUCGAUGUGGUGGUGAACUGCACAGGUGUCCGUGCUGGUGACCUCCAGCCUGACCCAGAGAUCAUACCAGCCCGUGGACAGAUUAUUAAGGUUUACGCACCGUGGCUAAAACACUUCAUCUUGGCGCACGAUGCCCACGGUGGAAUAUAUUCACUGCCAUAUAUUUUACCAGGGAGUAGAUUAGUGACCUUGGGAGGCAUCUUCCAGCUUGGGAACUGGAAUGAAGAGAACAACAUCCAGGACCACGACAAAGUGUGGGAGGGUUGCUGCAAACUGGUCCCCAGCCUGAAGAACGCCAAGAUCAUGGAUGAAUGGACCGGACUGCGCCCAACACGCAACAGGAUCCGCUUGGAACGCCAGACUCUCGGGAAUGGACCAGGGAAGCUUGAGGUGAUUCACAAUUAUGGCCACGGAGGUUAUGGGCUGACCAUCCACUGGGGCUGUGCCUUGGAGGCAGCAAAUCUCUUUGGGAAGAUAUUGAAAGAGAAGAAAUCCAACUGGCUGCCAUCAUCUCGGCUGUAAUCGUUCCUAGAUAGUUACGCCAAGUUGUGCCUUACACUUUCUCAAGCACUCGUCUAAUUAACGACCUUAGAAUUCAUUGGAGACAGCGCUAUGGGGUUAGGAGGCAAAUACAAUAUGUUCCUCUGUAGCCAAUCCUUUCCUGCUCCAGUUCCAGACUUUCUAAUACGCCUCCUUUGGCAGCUCACUCCAUAGACCAAGAAACUAUAGCAUAGAUAAGAUAGGAUGCCAUUCAACCAUUGAGACUUUGCUCUCCUCCUGGUGUUAUUAACACUCGCUCACCCAAUCACAUUUUAUAUUUUAAACUAAGUCCGAUCGUGAAACUAAAAUGCAUCUUAUCCUGUCUUAUUUCUGCAGCACGAUUGUAGAAAUCAUAACAAGAUUACAAUAAUCAAUACAUUUGAUAAAGCUCUGUUCACGUCGGGAUUUGCUAUAAAGAAUAUGACAUUAACUUCAAAAGACGAGCCAUUUUUGAUCAACAGGUUAACAAAGAGAAGGUGCACGCUGAGUCUUAUCAGCGCAGCUUAUUAUUCUUAAUAAUAAAACAUAAUAAUCCUUACGGUUGAUAUCGAGCCUUAACACAUCAUAAAGACGUCUCAAAGGGCUUCACAGAAUAAUUGCAAAGCAGUAUAAUUUCUGAGUAAAACAUGGUAGCUAAUUUGCACACAGCAAUAAUAAUAAAAAAAAUCCUUGCAUUUGAUAUAGCUCUUAUCACAUCAUUAAGACGUCUCAAAGCGCUUCACUGACUACACGGUAAAGUGAAUUGACUGUAUAUUUUGUGAGUGAAACGUAUGUAAUUGAAACAAUUACAAAUCUACGUUGCAUUGAAACCGAGUAACAACAAAUAAUGCUCCAGAUUAAUAAAGUCAGCUUCUUAGCAAUGGUGACCAAUGGUAAUAGUUUGUCACAAAUGUCGCUUUAAGUAACCCAUUACCUCUUAAGUAAUAAAUCACUAAAUGAACUCGAUACACACCAAAUGACUUAUAAAACAGAAUCUUCAUUUAAUAAUAAAA